GCAUGAAAGUAUUUCGUACCUCGUACUUUGUACCACACUGAAGCCCAUCAUCCCAUCUCUUCCCGUAUUUUGUCUUUUUGUGUCUUUUUUUCUUCCUUAUUCCCAUUCCAACCACCUCACCAACACACACCGAUGAAUUGAUCCCAAUAUCUCAUCGUUCAACCUGUCAUUCGCUUUUUAGUACUGCUUGCUUGCCCUUCAGUACUCAUAACAUUCGCUUAGUCUGGCAAAAGGAAGAAAUAAUAAACAAGCCGUGAUUUUACAUCCUCAUUGGGGGAGUCCGAAUUUGGUUGGCUGCAUAUUUGCUUGAUUCUUGUUUUUAUCGGAAAAUCCACAUUCACAUCGUAUCAUCGGGCGGAGGAAAAUAGGAUAUCGAGUACACGAAGUCGAAUCGAAGUGAACACACAAGAGCGAGAGUGGGAGAGACAUUACCGGCCACUGCCCAAUCCCGAGGAAGGGAGAUAAUUAUUGUUAUUGGGUUUCGAGUGUUUACCUAUUUAUUUGUGGCGUACUGUUCCUACGCACCCCUUACAUUUCUCCGAAUUGUUCGACCGUCCAAUCUCACUUUCCCGCCUUUCUUCCAUCAAGACAAUUACGAUGAAGGGAUCACGGAGUCUUAAUCAAAUCUUGGCCCUCGCCCUCGCUUGUGCCCCUAUCACAUCAGCAUGGCCAGGUUGGCUUCCAGAUGUAGAUGCGCUUGUAGUCCGACAAGAUGAUGGCACAACAACAGCAUCUGCACAACCCACAUCAACUGCCUCGAGCGACGAAGCUCCAGUUACGACAACUAAGAAGGACUCCACCUCGACCGCGGACUCCAACGAACCUAAGACCACAAACCUCAACACAGGCUCGGCUCCCAAGGCCUCUGGCAAUAGCACUGCCACCACACACCAAACGUUCAACGCGACCGAUGGAAACGGCGGCGUUGCCAUGAUCACACCCGCCAUCACCGACGGAACAUCACUCUACCGGAUCGGCAACCCGACCCCCAUCACGUGGGUCUGGAACUACACAUCCCUGCAGGGCACCCCCUCCGCCAUCGACGUAUUGAUAUCCUGCUCCACUGCCACAGCCACAUGGACCCUGACGCAGAACAUGACGUUCGAGCCCACGGCCACAUUCACGUGGGACACGGAGAAGUAUGCCGAGAGCGCCAUAGCGAGCCCGCUGCUCGUGGCUCAGUACACGCUAGUCAUCCUCGACUCUGACUCGGAGGUCAGUGGGACCACGGAGCCGGGAUACCUGGCGCCGUUCGUUGGGUCGCCUUUCGGCCUGUACACCGCCCGACCGUACCAGGACCUCGGCGAGUGGAAGUGCGCUACGUGCAGUGCUGCGUUGGGAGGCACUGACCGCCAAGCUCUCGGCUUCGCUAUCACCAUGAGUCUGAUCACCCUGUUCAGCUUCACAUGGUACGUGACGGGCUUCGCCGCGUUGCUGUAGUCGAUGAGGGAUGAGGAUCAGAACAACAAAUACAACAACAAUGUCAACAUCAGCAGACAACCUAUCUAGCGAUUACCACAUCUAGCAGUCAGUCAGUCUACGACGAUGAUUUAAACAACAUUUUUGAUUUUUACAAACAACAAUGCACAUAAAAUUAUGGAAGCCACGUGACGUCGAUAUCUUAAUGCAAAGUAAAAAACCGCCCUAAUAAACAACGGUUGAAUCUUCCCGGGAAGAAAGGGGGGAUUAUAUGGAUAUAUACUACUCUUUUUUAUAUUUACAAGAUCAUGUAGUGGCGUUUUUAUCUUUUUUAAUCUGGUUCAAUCCUUUUCAUCUGCAGUAUCGAAUA